CUAUAAGCCUAUGGCAUCAUUUGGGUGUCAUCAGUCCAUCCCAGCUCCAAAGACUCCAAAGGAUGCUGGCUUCCAUGAAUAUAGCUCUGGUGGCCACCCAUGGUUGCCGUGGCCUCGGUAGUACAUCACUAUCCCUGCUGCGCACACUGGCAAGAACUCGUGCUAGUCCCAAUGCUGCCAGUUGCUGCGAUUACUUUGCUCCUCGGCGUUCUUUUAGUUCGAUUAGCAGCGCAUUCCCUUGUAAAUCCUCAAUAACAGAUGUUACAGUCACAAAAACUGCAACUGAUUCUGCAGAAAAUGGGUAUCCUCAAUAUCAUCGUUUGCUUCCAUGCCCCUCAUUUAGUAAACUUCCACGAGUUGAACAUAUGGUCGUUGUGGAAGCAGGACCUGUUAUGGAAUACAUCUGUAAAUCAUUGGACCUUCCUCCUCUGUAUGUUGCAGACCUUAUUCAUUUUGGUGCAGUAUAUUAUGCCCUAGUAUGCCCACAGCCUCCUAAAACUGCAACUCCCGAGCAAAUUAGACUAUUCAAAAAAUUUACAGAACCAUCAUUCUUGAAAGGGCGAAAAUCCAUCAAAGGGAAAACUGUGAGAGAGGCACAGAAGACUUUCCGGAUAACUCAUGUUGAUGAGUUUGUGGAAGUUGGAACGUACUUGCGUGUUCACGUGCAUCCCAAACGCUUUCCAAGGUGCUAUGACAUUGAUUGGAAAUCAAGAAUUAUUGCUGUCACAGAAUCCUAUGUGGUUUUGGACAAACCUGCUGGUACAUCGGUUGGAGGCACUACUGACAACAUUGAAGAAAGUUGUGCAACCUUUGCAACUCGUGCUUUGGGAUUGACUUCUCCUUUGUGGACUACCCAUCAGAUCGACAACUGCACUGAAGGCUGCGUCAUUCUUGCUAGGACAAAAGAAUAUUGCUCCAUCUUCCAUCGUAAAAUCAGAGAGAAAAGGGUUAUGAAGCAUUAUCUUGCGCUUUCUGCUGCUCCCGUCCCAAUGGGAAUAAUAACACACUACAUGCGGCCAAUUAAUAUAGCUCCCAGACUUGUUUCAAAAGAUUGUAUUGAUGGAUGGAUCCUUUGUCAGCUAGAGGUGUUGGAAUGCAGAGAGGUUUCAUGGCCGGAUGUUGAUAUUGAAGCAAAAUACUGCUUUGAAGAUGGUGGAUGGCCCUCCAAAAAGAAAGCUUAUGAAUGUAAAAUAAACCUCUUGACUGGUCGGACACAUCAGAUUCGAGCACAGCUGGCUGAUUGUGGAGCACCGUUGGUUGGUGAUUCCAUGUAUAUGCCUGCUGUGGUUGCAGAGAUGGGUAGUCCUGGGUUGAAUCCAUUUGGAAAAUGUAAGAAAGAGUAUACCAGUGAAGAAGAUAAAGAAACUGCAGUGGCAGAGUGGAUUGCUCUUCAUGGAAAAGAACCAGCCGUUGCUAUUGGACUGCAGGCUUAUGAGAUUUCAUGGGAUUCGAGGGAGCACAUUUACAAUGCUGGUACUCCAUGGUGGAGGCAGGAACAAUUGUAGCUCGAUGUUGACUCCAAACCAUCAUUUUGCAUUAGCCAACAUUCUCCAAAUCUAUAAGGUUAUUUCAACUGCCCACUACACACACGGAAAAGAGUUGAGAAAUAUGCUCUUUAUUUUGUUUUGCUCUAAAAUCAAGUCUUUUGUUUACAAAGAUACCAAAACCAUCUACAUCUAUAACCAGCUUAGAAAGUUAAUAACCGAAGCUAACAGCAUUCAACUAUUAAAUCAGUCGUGUACAAGCAAUUACAUUGACAAUUCUCAUAUAAUAUAGGGGCGCUGCUUGCUUAGAUCACUUUCUUGGACAUUGAACUGACGUUGUUGCUCAUCAAAAUUUGAGCAAUGAAAUUUUUGUACCAAAAGGUUGAUAGCUUGGGUGUUCUCUUCAGAGUUGUAUAGUCUACAUGGCAAAGCCCAAACCUUUCAGUAUAUCCAUUCAUCCAUUCAAAGUUAUCCAGCAAAGACCAGGCAAAGUACCCUCUCACAUCUGCUCCUUCUCUGAACAUGCAUCACAUCAUAUACAAUCAAGACAAGCUUCAACACAAUCACCACUGCAUAAAGCGAAACUCUUGCUUUCUAUUGGACCAUUGGAUGUAUGUUAUUAGAUAAAUUCAAAAUUUUCAUUCUGUACGCCCAAUGGAUGUAAUCAAGUUUGAUGUUAAAGCAUGAAUUGGAAAGUAUAUAGUCUAGUGUUGUUCCUAAAGCAUUAUUUCUCUAUGGAGUGGAACGCUGUAAAUUUGGGUUCUUGUUUUCUUCA